AACCCUCCAAUGCUAAAUUUUCCUUCCACAAUGUCAAACUUGAAUACUUCCCAUGUACUUUUCGCACUCUUGAUUUUCUCAAGCAGUUGUGUGCUGGCAUCCGAAGAGUGUAUCUUCUGUCGAGGAAUAAACUGCCAAAGGAGUAGCUACGAGGCGGUGGAACAGUGUUCGGAUACUCUGGAUGCCUGUGUCAGUGUUUUCCAGGAAGGCACUAUCCUAUCCCAAGGAUGUCUGGAAAGUGUGGAAGAGGACUAUAGAACAAAAUGUCAGGAAAGCAGCAAGGAAAGUGGAAUUGACUGUGAGAUCUGCGUAACUGACAUGUGCAACAGAGUGGGAUCCAAACACGCAGGGUGCCUCCAGUGCAACAGUGACCAGGACGCCCAAUGUGCUGAAACACCAGAGGCUCUGAAAGCCGAACAAUGUUCUAUUGCCAGAACUGGUAGAAGUUUCUGCUACGCCAAAGUUGAGGAUAACAGGGUGGAAAGGGGUUGCUCCUUAACUCUUUCGGAUCAAGUCGAUUGUCUGGCCGAUAGGAAUUGCCAUUUGUGUGAUCCUUUGGAGGUGCCUCAUUGCAAUAAUCAACUGAUUCAAGAAGACGAUUCUUCAACAAGUACCGAAAAGCCAACUACCACAUCAUCCACUUCUUCGCCGGAGUCAAGUUCACCAACAGAUUCUCCAAGCUCCACCACUAUUUCUUCGACAGAUUCUCCAAGCUCCACCACCAUUUCUACAACGGAUUCGCCAACGAAUCCACCAACUACUGGGCCCACUAAUCCACCAACAAAUGCGCCAACUAAUCCUCCAGAGAUUCCAACCACUACAGCCAAACCCAAUUCGGCACACAAGUUUCACUUUUCGAUUGGGCUGAUCGCGGCACAAUUGGCAUUUUGCCUUUAUAUUCACCAUAAAUAAGCCAAGAAGUCGCACUGGUUUUUAGCUUUAAUUCCCACGACCUUCUCCAAAAGGCUAAUCUAUGUUUGAGUAUUGUUUAACUAAUUUUUACGAUAGUCCAAUAAAUUGCUUGUCGCCAUCAA